UGGUCAAAUAAAUGCAGUCUUAAUGAGCACAAAAGACUUUUAAAAUGAUAUCUUAAUUAUUCCAAACUUCUGACCCAUAGUGUAAUUUAAGUGGAUUUGGUCACACCAGCAGCUUUUAUGGUGUGCACAUUUUAAUAGGUUCCAUGAUGCUUUUUUAAUUGGAUGGAGGAAGAGGAAAUCCACCAAAGAUGCCCCACUACUGCCAAUUUCCUGAAGAAACUUGGAUGAACUUAACCUAACUACUGCAUCUAGGAGAUUGUCUGGGUUUUGGCGUUUAACUAUAAGCUUCAAAACAACGUUUAAAUAAUGUCGAUUUUGCAUAAUUGUUUGAAAAGGUGUUAACCCUGCUCCAACACACCUGCUUGUAGUUCUCAAGCAAUUCCGAAGGUGUUGAUUAGCUGGUUCAGAUGUGUUAAAUAGAGCUGCAGGAACCAAGUUAGAAAGCCCUGCCCUUAAACGCUGACUCACUGACAGGAACGCUAUUGGAGGAUGUUGAUCCAGGAGCUGGGGUAAACACAAAGUUAAUUAUGGCUACUGAGGGAGACCCAACUGGCUUUGUGAAAGUGCUUCACCUUCUGGUGAUUUCUUUCAUCUGGGGAAUGCAGGUGUGGGUGUCUUUCAUAGCAGGUUUUGUGCUGAUUUCCCAGGUAUCCAUGCACACGUUCGGUCUUGUGCAAAGCAAGUUAUUCCCAUUUUAUUUCUAUUGUCUGCUGGGUGGAAAUGCAGUCAGUCUGGCCAUAUUUGCUGUGUACCACCCUAGAGAACUGCUGGACUGGCAUGAGGGCAUACAGAUGACUCUUUUCUUUGUGGCUGUGAUCAUGGCCGGCCUGAACGCGCAGUGGUUUGGUCCAUCUGCCACAGAGAGCAUGCUGGUCAUGCAGGAGAUCGAGAAGGAACACGGUCUGGGAAAUCAGGUGGGUAUGAGCUCCAAUAAGGAAGGAUACGCCAAACUCCGUGAGCAGGACCCAAAAUACAAGGAGCACAGGACCACCUUCUACCGCUACCACGGUCUGUCCAACCUCUGCAACCUCAUAGGCUUUUUCUCCACUACCAUCAAUCUCAUUUACCUGGCCCUCCAUUUGGGAACUAUAUGAGUGUGUUGCGUGUCUUUGAGAAAGAGUGCAGUCUGACAGAUAUUUUUAGAGAAUUAUCCCGUAUAUGUUCUCUCUUUUUGUCAGACUGAUUUGUAUAACAAUAAUGCUUCCAGGUUUUAUACAACAAGAGUGUUUAGUGUUCGUUAAGGUUAAAAGAACCAAAUUCAGACCCCUUGACGAGAGCCAAAAGUGAACCGAGUGAAAAGAGCCCAGUUGAUUUUGUAUUUACAGUCCCUAAAAGUGGACUCUCACUUAGAAAUGUUAGGAAUCAUGUGGACAUUUUUUGACUUAUAAAAAAAAAAAAAAAUCUCUAUAUAAGGCAUAAUUCUUGUGAAUUGCUUUCAGACAAAGGAUAAAACACGUUUUUUAGGUCUGGAUCCUAUGACGUUUUUUUAUUUUGUAAACCUGCUCAGCCAUUUUAAAUGAUAUUAUUAUUAUUGAUUUUAACAGUAUUUCUCCCUACUUUAAAAUGCUUCAAAGUGGGUAAUUGCACUGGAUCUGUUUAUAAUAAACAGACCGUCUAUUUAAACUUACAUUAGUGAUAUUAUAGCCGUUUAUGAUUGCUUAAAGAACGUGUUUUAAUUUGUUGGUGAAGUAUGUACUAUAAUUCUUACCUGUUUUUGCCUUUAUGCUUCACAUUGUGAACAAUACAUAUAUUUUCCCACUGGAGGGCCGUUUGUGGAAAGGCUCUUGGUAAUGAGAGGACCAGUUUUAGGAUUGUCUAUCAUAAAAUGCUGUUUACAUUUCCUAUAGAAUGAAUGACACUAUAAUGGCAAUUAAACUCUAUGGAAAAAGCAAUGAAUAGUAAAUGAACUUUGUAAACAUGAUGUUUGAACAGCAAAGUAAACUUCCUUUUAUCACUGGACCUGGAGAAGAAUGCUGUUGAAGAUUCAGUGACACAAAUGUGAUUCCGUUGAUUUUUCUGCAUAUUCAAACCUUUGCUGUGAAUAUUAGUUAUUUUUAUUUUUAGUGUUUCAUACCGUUUUUAUCCUAUUUUUCCUUUUAAUUAUAAGAAAGCAAACUUUAUUUGUGUGUGUUUGUGUCCGUUGGGAAUCUUGGUCAUUUUUAGAAAGCAAACUGACAGUUUUUUUGUUUGUUUAUUACUGACACUGAACAAGCAUUUAUUCAGUUAAAGAAAUAUCAAACACCUGUGCUUAUUGAGUUUUAAUUAAAAUAAAUAAAUAAAAUUUACUGCAAGUACUCUGAAAGAGUUGUUCCAGACAUCUAGUAACAAGUGUU